UGCACUCAACGAGUGAGAGCGAGAGGAGAGAGAGAGAGAGAGAGCGGUUGCUGGAUAACUGUAUUUGAGCAGCAUAAUCUGGACAUUCUUCUCGCUCUGCAUCUAAUCGACUCUACUCGUGCAGCGGCGGCUACUGCGGAUGGACUGAGAUGAAUAAAUUAGGCUGGUGUUGAUUGAGGUGUGUGUUUCUCGCAGAUCUCGGAGCUGUGGCGGAGGGAGGGAUCUUCGGUUUUUGUAUUGUUCGAUUGGGACCGCUUCUAGACUGCUUCUUCGGCUUCCUCAGAUUCGGAUUUGUGCGCUUGAUUUAGUGGCUGCGGUAUAGGAGCUGGAAGUACACGACAAAUUUGAAAGACGGAAUCGGAAUCGGAAUCGGAAUCGGUAUGGAUGAUAGAGGCGAAGGAUCGUUCGUGGCGGUGAGGCGGAUUUCGCAGGGGCUCGAUCGUGGAAGCGCCUGCCAUUCCGCAUCUUCUGUGGAGGUUGCGGCAGGAUCUGCUGCUUGGCUUGGCAGAGGCUUCUCCUGCGUUUGUGCUCAAGGACGCCAUAGCGACGCUCGCCAAUCGUUUGAUUUGACGCCUGCGCAGGAGGAAUCUCUACAGAGGCUUCAAACUCGAAUAGAUAUUACCUACGAUAGUGCUAUUACUGAGCAUCAGGAAGCUCUAAAGGCAUUGUGGCAUGCUGCCUUUCCCGGGAAAGAACUUAACGGUUUGAUAUCCGAACAGUGGAAGGAAAUGGGUUGGCAGGGAAAAGAUCCUUCUACAGAUUUUCGGGGUGGAGGUUUCAUAUCGUUAGAAAAUUUGUUAUACUUUGCGAGGAAUUUCCCGACAUCUUUUCAGGAUCUCCUUUGGAAGAAGGAAGGUAGUCGCGCGUUAUGGGAAUACCCCUUUGCAGUAGCUGGUGUCAACAUCACCUUCAUGCUCAUUCAAAUGCUCGACCUUGAAGCAGUGAAGCCGAGAACACUUGCUGGAGCGACGUUCUUGAAGUUUCUUACCGAAAAUGAAUCGGCAUUCGAUCUUCUGUACUGUAUCACCUUCAAGUUAAUGGAUCAUCUGUGGCUCGCAAUGCAUGCUUCUUACAUGGACUUCAAUGCUGUGAUGAAAGCUACGCGGCAUCAGCUGGAGGGGGAGCUGCUGCAAGAAGACGUAACUCGCCUUGAAGACCUGCCCUCGUACAUCCUUCUUCCCCGGUAGCAAUGGCAGCCAUCAUCAUCAGUAUCUUUUUCUCAGGUUCUAACGAAUGAAUGAGUGAGUGAUCGAUCAAAUGAACAAACAUAUCAUUGUUAUUGAUUGAAGGAACUGUAAUAUGUACUCUGGCAACAGAUUCAUCGACUUUUCAAGCUUCCACCCAAACACAGUUGGAGUACUUAAGAUCAUUAAGGUAUACAAUGCAAUAGUUUUCCACACA